AUGUCUGAGGGCUCAGGCAGCAAUGGGCUUGGUGCGGCGCCUGGUCUUGGGUCAGGAUUCCAGCUCGGACCUAUCCUUGGCUCUGGACUUGGACGCCAAGGCGAAACGAAUCCCUUGUAUUAUGCACAGAGUCCGCAUGCCGCUUACUUUGGUGGGCAUCCGUCGCAGACCAACUCUCCGCCGCAUAGGCCCCCCGCGGGCGACUCGUACGCCAACAGCCACCUCGUGCCGUACCUGAACCAUCAUACACCCGGUGAGGGUGCUGCCGACAUCGGCUCGGAAGCCCCACCUUCUUUGGAUGCGUUCUACAUCCAGCAGGCAUCUGGGUCGUUUGGUGUGCCCUUGGACGUGCCCGAGAUCAAUGCAUAUGACCAUGCAGCUGCUGGCAGUGGCCUUCCAUCAAGCACAUUGCCGCUCCGUGGGCCGCCUAACAUGGUAGGAUGGCCGCCUGCUUCCCGGCCAUCUGGCACUGCCGGUCCUCACGAUAUCCAGCCACAUGACGAAUCAGAGGUGUUACACUCAGCCCCCCAUGGCUAUCCUACUUCGCUUGGUGCUAUGCCACCGCUACCAGGAAGUACUCGCAACUUCCCUACGAGUGUCUACAGACCGACUGACCCAACGACUCAUCGUCACAUGAUGAUGGACCAGGAUGCUGGUCGUCCACCGCGUCCAUUGCAAAAGCGCCAGCGUACUAGUCCGGUACCUUUUGGCGAAAGUAUCGAUAUGCAAUCUAGAUUCCGUGGUGCAGGGCCGGGGCCAGGGCGACCGCGACUACCGACUCGUGGGAUCUCUGCUCGUCGGGAUAUCGAGACGGGGACCCAUGGUGAUGGCUUGACCGACUUUUUGCCAAACACGGAAGCACCAGCAGCCCCUGGCAGUGAUUUAGCCUCCUGGAUUUUAGGUCCUGAUGAUGUGCCUCAGAGGCCGCAAGCAUUUCCGAUGGAUCCAUCAGCGUACUACCGAUCGGGCAUGGCGCCUCCGCCCGCUUCUGGUAUCCGGCUGGAUAUGCCUAGCUUGGCGACCGCACAACCACCGAUGGGUGUGCCUAAGGACUUGGCGCCAUUACGAUCACAAGCACCUAAUUCGGAUGAUGAACCACUCUAUGUGAAUGCGAAGCAAUACCAACGUAUCUUGAAACGCCGCGUAGCACGGUCGCGGAUGGAAGAGAAACGCCGUCACAUGUUCAUGAUGGCGAUUAAGCAACGGGAAGAAGAGAAAAAUGGUGGUCCGACAGAAAUUAGCGAGGAAUGGGUAUCUGGUCUAUUGGCUCUGGACGAAGAGUCAAAGAAGCCCUACCUACAUGAAUCGCGUCACAAGCACGCCAUGCGUCGACCGCGCGGUCCAGGUGGCCGAUUCUUGACUACAGAGGAAAUUCGUAAACGUAAUGAAGAGAUUGCGGCCCAGAAAUCAAAUGAGGAGAAAGCAGGCGAUGAAGGCGUACCGUCAGCGUCGUCGGCAACCAAAGAGGGCACUAGCGAUGCGCCGCAGCAGUCAGCUAAGCCUUUUGCAUCAUCCUUGGAAUAUUCGGGCCCUAGGACCGACGAGCCAAAGGAAAAUCCACACAAUACUGUCAAUGUCGAACCAUCAUCCGGUGCCCCGGAUGCUGAUGCACCACCUUCCACCAUUGCAGACUAA